CAGGCAACGGGAAAACUGCUCUUCUCCCCGUACACAGGGCAAUUGGGAGCACACAUACCUUCACUGCUGGUCAGAUGUCAUAAACCUUUUAUUGGCCGCAGCGUGGCGAGACUAAAACAAAUCAAUACGCGCCCACCGUCCCUCCCAGCUCACGCGAGGCCCAGAAAGGCUUGCAAAGAGUCAGGGUGCGGAAGAGGCCCCGAGAGUCUCGGGAUGCUCGCGGCCCGUGCUGAGCGUGCUCGGCUAGGGAGGGGAUCUUUGUUAGGCGCCCGUUCGCGGUCCUGGGGUCUGGAGUUGAUCGGCACCCUCUGCCAGACUCGAAUUGCUGAGGAUGCCUGUUCCGCAGACAAUACCAACUCUGUCGCUCUCCGAGUCGGAGGGGAAACCGAGGCACGAGAAGCAGCCAGCACGUCGGGGCAGGAAACUCCUGGGCGGGCAACUUCCCGGCUCAGGACUGGGGUCCCCCCACCCCGGGUCCAGCUUGGCCCGCGCCCCGCAUUGCGAGCCCCGUCCCCGUGCCGCUGCGACGGCUCUGGAAUGCGGACCCCAGCCUGGGUGGUGCGGGCGGGCGCGGGCACCGACUCACCUGGCCGAGCGCGGCGCCGGGCCGCCGCUGCCUUCAGCGCAGCCGACAAAGUUUCGCUGGCGCCCAGCGGGCAUCGCUCGGGGUCCCGCAGUGGACGCUCGAGCCCUGGGCGGGCGGCGGGGGGCGGCCGCGGAUGCGGGCGACAGGGGUGCGGGAAGCGGCGCGGCAUGGGCCCCGAGCGAGCGUCCGCGGGCGCCGCGUCCUCCCGCCGGCCCCGCCGCUCUCCACGCCCCGUCCCGCCUCCCGCUCGCCUCCGCUGCGGCGCGUCGGGGCCGGGGCGCGCCGAGCGGCGAGAAAUUGUUUCCACUGCAAACAAAAAAAGGCGACACAUGACCAGGCAGGAGGAGGGGAAGCGCGGGGAGGGAGGGGCGGAGAGAGCCGGAGAGACGGAAAACGUGGGCUGGGCGACCCCGAGCUGCGGCGCGGGUCCGCAGGGAGGCCCUUUGGCCAGGCUGGGUUCCCGGGCUCCCGUGCGGCACCCAGGGACCCAGGGGAGCCGGGCAGGUGGCGCGUGGCCGGCCCUCUCCCCUGCUUCAGGCCACACGGGCGGUGCUGCGCAGCUGGCAACGUGUCGCCGCAGCGCUUUUACCCCGGCCGCCUGCCUUACAAGGCUCGAAAGUAAAAAUAAAAAGAAUUACGACGCGAGCGAGGCUUCUGAGGGUGAAGAGAGAAGACUCCACUUCUCUCCAACUACUACUGCAGCACUCCCGAGGCGGGUCCAGUCCUCCUCCACCAUGUACCUCUUGCCGGGGACGAAAAAACUGAUCCCCAGCCUAGGUUGCCUUGGCUUCGGAGGGCAGGAGGAUGGCCGCAACCACCAAGGGAGAGGUGAACCCCAAACGCAACGUCAGUGGGUUCUCCCCAGUAGGCUGGGCUAAGGGCCCCCAUCU